CACGAGUGUUUUUAGAAAUUUAGAAGAUGAGUUUGAGGACGAAGAAUUAGAAGAUAGAAUUUAUGGAUUUUCAGAAUUAGAAGACCAAGAAGGAAGUUCUGAAGAGGAUGAUACGGAUGAUGGGUAUGAGAACAUUAAUCCGAAUAACCUAGGAGAAGGAGAAGCCUGGUGGAAUUUGAACAGUGACGACGAUUAUGUACGGGAAGAUAAUCACGAGUGGAAUCAAGAAGAAUAUAAUUAUGAAGAAGAGGAGCCUACCUUAUUCGUACCUCUCAAUCCCUGGCAUAGGGAUCAGCCGUGGUUACUAGAUAUAGAAUCAUCAAAUGACGAAUGGGAUAAAGAACAACGUGUCGAUGAAUCUACAGAAUUAACUCCGCCGGAUUUGGCUGAAGAGCCGUACGAAGAGAUCACCGAUCUAUUCGACUUUUAUUUCGAUGAAGAGGAAAAUCCAGUCGCUAGGUAUAACGUCAAGACUCUUCCUAAAGACCAAGAAGAGGAAAUAGAAGUGAUCUUAGCUAAAAAUCUAGAUCUCUUCGCUAAGAGUCUAUCUGAACUUGGCCGAACCAAUAAAUGUUGUCACCGGAUAAUUACCGCGGACACCCUACCGAUUAAACAAAGGCCAUACUGA